CCUACCCCUCCCUUACACUCCUUAACGUGUCAUUCCCUCAGCGCUCCGAGCAGCAUCGUUCAAAUUCACACCAUCACUCGAGCAGGUCGCAGAGUUUACCGUCCACCACAACUGACGACUGUACCACUGGAGGGAAGAAUAAACUCAUCCUGGUUCAGUCUCUGGAUCAGGCUUUAGAGACAGCGAGAGGCCACACUCAGCAAGAAGUUUUUCUAAUACCCAAAGCUUCCACAAACAGUCAAGAGUCACAAUGGGAAACGCCAAGAGCGGCGCCAUGUCCAAGGAAAUCCUGGACGACCUGAAGCUUAACACCAAGUUCUCGGAGAACGAGCUCUCGCAGUGGUACGAGAACUUCCAGAAGCAGUGCCCGAACGGCCGCAUCACGCCCGAAGAGUUCGAGAAAAUCUACGACCGCUUCUUUCCCGACAGCGACGCCAAGACCUACGCCAAGCACGUCUUCCGCUCCUUCGACGCCAACGAUGACGGGACGCUCGACUUCAAAGAGUACAUCAUCGCCCUGCACAUGACAUCCGGCGGGAAGACACAGACCAAGCUGGAGUGGGCCUUCUCUCUCUUCGACGUCGACAAGAACGGCUACAUCACCAAGGCAGAGGUGGCAGAAAUCACCGGCGCCAUCUUUAGGAUGAUUCCUAAGGAGGAGCUGGAGAGGCUCCCAGCAGACGAGAACACUCCAGAGAAGAGAGCAGAUAAACUGUGGUCUUACUUCAACAAGUCAGAGACUGAACGGUUGCACGAGGGCGAGUUUAUUCAGGGUGUGAUGGAAAAUGAUAAUGCCCUGCGUCUAAUCCAGUACGUGCCCACCAAAUAGAAAAGUCCGGACCCUGUUCCUCCUCCAGUCCUCACUCUCCUCGCUCUCUCGCUCUCUCUCUCUCUCUCUUGCUCUCUCUCUCUCUCUCUCUCUUACGCUCUAGUGCUGUCCUGCGCUCAUUUUGUAAAUACCGUUAUAUUCCAUCCACUGUAACUUCCUGAUUACUGUAGUGUAACGUUAGUGAUGAGCAGUGUAACACAGUGUCCACUCCACAGCACAGUCUAUAUUUUUAUAUUUGAUGUUGUUCAUAACACAAGUUCUGACAGUGCCCAACAUGUUCUCAGUGUUUAAUGUAGCUUUAAUUCAGUGGCAGUCCAGUUUUAUUUUGUUUUGUUGUGUAUUUUUGUUUGUAUUUUUUUUUCUCUGUGGUUGCAGUAAAAUAUACAGUGCCAGUAAAAGUUUAGACACAGCUUCUCAUUACAUGUUUUUUUUUCUACAUUAUAAAUGAAUACUGAAGUCAUCCAGACUAUGGAGGAACACAUAAUGAAUCAUGUAGUAAAUAAAAAGUGUUAAACAAACCAAAAUACUAAUUCUUGGUGCCCUAAUUUAUCAAAUCUAUAGAUGAACCACCAACCGUGUAGCUUGAUUUAGGGCGUGUUAGUGUGUCUUGCGCAGCUCGAGGCACACAAAAGGCAUGAACUAAUUCUCUUAAUUAAUCAUGGGCAUGCUUUGGGCAUAACGUGAAAUAAACCAAUCAGUGAGCCACUGGCCAUUCCGUUUAAGAGCCGGGUGUGCUCUGACUUUGGCGGAUUGCUAUUUUAACGGUGCUUCUCAGCAGAGGAGACUGACCUGUAAAGGUGAGCAAGCAGCUCAUUUUGUAUUUUGUUUUUUAUUGAUAUAAAAGUUGGGUUUGUGCACUGCUAUGUGUCUUUUUAUGCGAUAAGCAAUGAGCAUUAUGUCGCCCCUUGCACACGAUGUAAGAUAGGGCCUUUUCUGGGGCAGUCCUGAUAAGUGCCAGUUUCAACAUAAUUUUUAAAGGGUUUUUGCGACUGCACUUGAGGAUACUUUUAAAUGUAUUUAAUUUUUUUUACUUAGUUGAGUAAUUCUUGCCACGAUAUGUAUUAAAACAUUACUCAAAUAGAGCUAUUCGCUGUAUACCAGCUCUACCUCUUCAAUUAACUCUUGAUAAGUUCAGCACAGCUGUUAACUGAAAGCCUAAAUUCCAGAUGACUCUGAAAAUACAGCCAAGAUGUGCAAAUCUGUCAUCUAAGCAAGAGGUGCUACUAAAUAUAAAACAUAUUGUGGUUUGUUUUACACAUUUUUUUAUUUACUAAAUAAUUCCACAUGUUUUUCUUAGUACAAUGCGAAACAUUUUAAAGUAAUAAAAAAAAAAAGCACAAAAUUUAAGGUGUGCCAAAACUUUUGACUGGUACUGUACAUAAAAUGUGAUGCAUUUGUUUCAUCUGUCCUGUUUAAAUUAACAUAAACACUGGAGAUUAAGGUGAAAUAAGAUGUCCUAGAAUGCCUUUAGACUCUGUUUUGUAAUUACUCUGUUGGUUCUGGUGGGAAAAGCUGAACAUUCAGUGGAAUAAAAGUGUCAGAGGA